AUGGCUCCCGUGCUCCUCGAAGAUGAGGCGUGCGGCACCAAGGUAGCCCUCGCGAAGGACAUCCCCGUGGCAGAGUCUGGCGCGGAGGCCUCCCUCAAGGAGGUCCCCAAGAAGGACCUGACCGCGUUCGACUCUGCCAAGGCCGUGUCUGCCGCCCACGAGCCGAGCGCUUUCGCCGACUGGACGACCCCGUCGAACCCGCGCCGCAACAACGGGCGCGAGGGUGAGGCCAAGGAGUCUCCAGAGAAGAAGCUCGCCACGGCGGGCAUCGACGAGUGGAAGACCGGUUGCAAGGGCGAGCCCAACCUGGUCGACUGCUCCAAGAGCACCACCCCGAUCGACCCACCGACGGCCCCCAGCGGCGUCACCAAAGAAGAUCCGGCUCUCGAGCCGGCGGCGGCCGGCGACGCGCCGCUGCCGUCGAUGAAGGAGUUCCCGGCGGCGCGCACCUUGGAUGCAUUCUGCGCCGGCGACGCCGACCGGACCGUCUCGGCCAAGGAGUCUCCGGGGGUGAAGCCCGCCACGGCGCCGAUCGCCUCGCACGCUUCGGUGCACGCGCAGAGCCUCAACUAUUCGACGCACCCACCGCUUGCGCGUGCGCAGGGCAUCUCCGGCUGGACCAACCCGUCGAAACUGCGCCGCAAGAAGGCGCGCAAGGGCUCGUCCGCCCGGGUCGGCCGCGUCGAGAGCGUCUUCUGGGUCGGCGGCAAGAACCGGUUCGGGGCCCUGCUCGGAACGAACGGCAACGAGGACGUCGGUGGCGGCGGCAAGGUGGCCCACAAGGCGCGGCCGCCCCGCGGCUCCACGCCGCCGACCACGGACUCGGGCAUGGUCGAGACGGCCACAGUUCCCACGCUGGACAGCUCCGUCUCUGCCUCCGGCCGGUUCUCGUGGCCCAAGCUCUGCCCGUCCUACAACUUGCUCCGCCUCUUUGCCAGCCUGGCGCUGAUCUGCCUCGGAGCCGCGUUUGCGCACUCCUCGUACUCUGCCACCGCCGCGCCUCUCGCGACCGUCGCAAAGCCGUUCACGCCGGCAUCGCCCAACGGCUUCUGCGAGGUUGGCGGCAUCGACACCAGCUCGUUUGUAGCCAUCGUGUCGUCGGAAAGCGUGCCUGCCGACCACCCGGGCGGACGCGACGAGGGGCGCUCGUGGGAAGCACUGAUGGACGAGAUCGGCGAGGCAGUGGGCGAGCCGUUGCACCUAAUUGGCGAGCCGCUGGCGUCCGUCAAGGAAAUUUACGAGAAGCAGCCGGCCGAGGCCGACUUGGAGACCGCCCCGGCCUCGCGCAACAGCAUGGAGCGCAAGGGCGAGCCUGAGAUCGACCUCGUCGGUCCCGUCUACAGCAACAGGACGGGGAUCAUCGCUCGGGGACGCGACACCGUCUUGCCCGUGAACGACACGUCGCCCGAGUUGCGGCCCGCCGACGCUGGGAAGCCUGGGAUGCUGGAGGUGCGGAAGCUGGUCGAGACUGGCCUCGGCGCGCCCGUCGCUAGCAUGCACGCCGGUGGCGAGUGGCGGGCGAACGACAGAUUGACGGACGCUUCUCGAGUCCCAACCAAGGACCUCUUCCUCCAGCGUUGCCGGGCCAUCGAACCUCUUCUCGCGGCCACGCUUGAGGAGCCGGCGUGGCCUGCAGAGGUCCGUGCCGCUCAGAGUUCCGACUCGAACGCGGUCGAGUCAGAUAUCUUCUCGGUCUCAAGUGUGUGCGCCGACUGGCAGCCGCACUGCGCCGCCCCUGCGUGGCACGUGGAGCCUCGCCACGCGCUCACCGACGAGCUUAACAAGACCGACAAGCCGCCCGCGGACCCACCGGCCGACGUGCGCUCCAUCGAGCUGCCCUCCCCGUUCCACUUUCCCUCCACGAGCGGAACCUCUUCUUCCGCGCCUGGCCGCGCCCGGCAGCGCGGUCAGCUUUUGGCCGCCUUGUUCUUGCUGCUUGGAGCGUGCUGGUGCGGCGUGCUGCUCUCGGCUGCUACUUCGCAAGCCAACGUCGCAAUCUACCUGCCGUCCAGGGCAGACUUCAAGCUGGGCAGCCAGAUCAUCUGCGACGUUGAGAUCAUCGACUCGACGGUCAGAGACUGCUCGGCUAAAUACCGCGGCGGCGUUGUCUACGCCCAACCGUACUACGCGGUUAGCAGCGGUGCGGUCUCGAUCAUCGGCUCGAAUCUGACGAGCUGCUCUGCUGGCUGGCGCGGCGGCGUUGUCUACGCGAGGGAAAGCGGUGCGGUCUCGAUAAGCGGCUCGAACGUGUCGAGCUGCUCUGCUGGCUGGGAGGGCGGCGUCGUCUACGCGUCUGAUCGCAGCGGUGCAGUCUCGAUAAUCGGCUCGAACGUAUCGGGCUGCUCGGCUGGCGAGUUCGGCGGCGUCGUCAGCGCGCUGAACAGCAUCUCCCUUUCCAUCGCGGGUAUCGCUUUCAUCGACAACAGAGCGGACAGGUCAGGCUCGGUGCUGUACCUUUCAAACACGCCCUCCUCGAUCAGCGACGCCUCCUUCACCGGCAACACCGCUGGCGACGACAAGACGAUACAGACCGACAAGCCGAUAGACUGGGACUGCCGCUUGGGCAGCUGGAUGCCGACCGAGGGCGCCUUUAAGGGCGACUUCAGCGUCGGCCUGCAGCCCAAGUUCAAGAUCGUCGUCAGCUUCUACCAAGUGAGCAGCAUCCUCGGCCUCGUCUACGGCGUCCGCCUCGAUGAGCACUUUACGCGCUGGCUCGACGUGCUCAAGCUGUUCAGCCUGGACCUGUUCGACGUGGCCAUCCCCGGCCGCUGCAUCGGAGCCAUGAGCACGCGGCUGCUCGUCGCGGGCCUCUGGCCGUACGGCGCUGUCACCUUCGUGUCGCUCGCCAUUGUGGCCGUGGCGGCGGUCCUCAAUGUCAAGCAGAGGCAGGCAUUUGACCGUCAGCUGCUCGGCCGCCUCCUUUACUGGGCGAUCCUCAUCUUCUACCUCGUGCUUCCCUCCGUGUCGCGCUCCAUCUUCAGCGCAAGGCUGUGCGAGUCCUUUGGCUACGACGACGCGACAGGCCAGCGCAUCAGCUACCUGCUCGCCAACCCGUCGCUCACGUGCGACGCCGGCCCGGCGUGGGACGACGAGACGAGCGGACUCGCGCCGUACUUUUGGGCCUUCUUCGCCCUCUGGCCCGUCCUCGUGCCGCUCGGCUUCUUGGCGCUGCUGCUCCGCGUCCGCAAGCCCGUGGCUGCGCAGCGCGCAACGCCGCUCUCUCGUGCGACGAGCUUCCUCUGGAGGGACUACUCCGCCGGCUUCCUCUUCUGGGAGGUGCUCGACCUGGUCCGCAAGAUCUUCCUCACCUCGAUGGUGCUCUUCAUCGACCAGGAGUAUGGCUCCCGCAAGCUGCUGCGCACCGUGGUCGCCGGCAUUGUCUCUGCCAUGUUUCUCACCCUUUUAGCACUCGCCCGCCCCUACCGGCGCUCCGACGACCUCUGCCUCGCGUGCAUCGCCAACUUGCUCCUCACCUGCUGCUUCGCGUCGGGAGUGGUCAUCCAGCUGUGCGACAGCACCGCGUACGAAGACAUGUGCUACGACCUCGUUGGCUACAAGACCUCACGCGGCGCCACCACCUUUGUCGUCGUCCUCACCGCGGUCAUGCUCGCCGUCUCGCUAGCCGUCAUCCUCGUAUCGGCGGUCAGCGCCUCGAGGGCGAAGACCAUGCGGCUCGUCUCGUCGAAGCGCGAGCCGAUGCGUGACGGCAUCACCCUCGCCGACGGCCAGGAGUGGCAUCUCUUCCUCAGCCACGUUUGGAGCACGGGGCAGGACGCCGUCGCCGUCAUCAAGAAUGAGCUCUUGCAGUUCCUCCCUGGCUGCGAGAUCUUCCUCGAUGUUGACGACCUCAAGAAUAUCGGAGAGCUGGAGGCGUACAUUGGGCGCUCGCAGGUGGUGCUCUGCUUCCUGUCGCGGGGCUACUUGCGCUCGACGAACUGCUUGCGAGAGAUCCGCGCGGCGCUGGAGAUGGGCAAGCCGCUCGUGCUCGUCCACGAGGCAGACCCGGCCAAAGGCGGGGGCACGCUCGCCGAGCUGCGAUCCGAAUGCCCCGAGGAGCUGCGGGCCGCCAUCUUUGACGCCGGCUGGCCGAUGACGGUGUGGCAUCGGAUCGAGGCCUUCCAGCACAUCUCGCUCAAGGUCAUCGCCGAGGCGCUGCUGCUGAAGACGCCAAAGUACGCAGGCGAGAACGAGCUGCCCCUGUGCAUCCCUGGCGAGGUCCGAGCCGUCGACCUCGCCUUCCCCAAGCCGGUGGUUCUCUGGGCCUCGACUUUGAACGCCGGGGCGCGAGAUCUCGCCGAUGCGGUCGCGGCGGCCGUGGCUGGCGGUAUCUCUGUCACCGACGCGAUUCCCUCGCGCCUCUCCUCGCUGCCUCGCUCGAGCGACAGCGACGGCGACGAGGCGACGCACAUGCUGCUCUACCUGAACAGGUCGACGUGGGCCGGCGAAGGCGCCGAGGCGCUCGCAGAGCAGGUGCGCGCCGCGCGCGAGGCCAGGCUGCCGAUCGUCAUGGCGCACGAGAACGACGUCGAGCGCGCCGGCUGCAUCUUUGGCCACUUUUUCGAGGUGACUCCGCGCGACCUGAUUGCCGAUGGGCUGUACAACGACCUCGCCGUCGGCUGCCACGCGGACCCGCACCGCCAGGUGUCACUCGCUCUGCUCGCACAGGCGCUUGGAGCGACCAAGCGGACGGCUCAGUCACGCGUGCUCCGCGCCACUCUCGCUCGAAUGACGCAGACCCGCGGCUCCUCGAAUGGCGACGACCUUGUGGUUUAG